CGUCGCACGAUUCGCACUCUUUUCCCCUUCCCUCCGUCUAGAGCCUUCUGGAACCUUCCAUUCCGUCCGGAGCCGUGUAGGCGAGCCAUCUCCAUGGCUUCCUCCUCCUCCUCCGGAUGCUGCGUCUCCUCCGAGAGUUCCUCCUUCCAGCCGCGGAUCUUCCCCGACACUCUCAAGCUCUACACGGAGCGCACCCACCGGGGCGGACUGAUCUUCGAAGCGGCGCGCGAGGGUAACAUCCCUAUCAUGAAGACGAUGGCGGAGCUGUGUAGAAUUGAGGGGAAAAGCCUGGAGGUGGUGGAGGAGAUCAAGGACUCCCCGAACGGUACGAGCCUCGGGGCGCUCCAUGUGGCGGCCUUGAAUGGGAAGCUGGAGAUGUGCGAGUUCCUGAUCGAUGAACUCAACCUCGAUGUCAACGCGGCUGCUCAGCAUGG